GGGGCACCGCGGCGCACGCGCACUGUGAGUGGCUGGGGAAUUCAUGUGGAGGUCAGAGUGGAAGGAGGUGUGAGAGGGCCCAGCAGAAGGAGACAUGGCUGCCAAGGUGUUUGAGUCCAUCGGCAAGUUCGGCCUGGCCUUGGCCGUUGCAGGGGGCGUGGUAAACUCUGCCUUAUAUAAUGUGGAUGCUGGGCACAGAGCUGUCAUCUUUGACCGAUUCCGUGGUGUGCAGGACAUCGUGGUAGGGGAAGGGACUCACUUUCUCAUCCCAUGGGUUCAGAAACCAAUCAUCUUCGACUGCCGGUCUCGACCACGUAAUGUGCCAGUCAUCACUGGUAGCAAAGACCUACAGAACGUCAACAUCACGCUGCGCAUCCUCUUCCGGCCCGUGGCCAGCCAGCUGCCUCGCAUCUUCACUAGUAUCGGGGAGGACUACGACGAGCGCGUGCUGCCAUCCAUCACCACGGAGAUCCUCAAAUCGGUGGUGGCUCGCUUCGACGCUGGGGAGUUGAUCACCCAGAGAGAGCUGGUCUCCAGGCAGGUGAGCGACGACCUCACGGAGCGAGCGGCCACCUUUGGGCUCAUCCUGGACGACGUGUCCUUGACGCAUCUGACCUUCGGGAAGGAGUUCACAGAAGCGGUGGAAGCCAAACAGGUGGCGCAGCAGGAAGCGGAGCGGGCCAGAUUCGUGGUGGAGAAGGCUGAGCAACAGAAAAAGGCGGCCAUCAUCUCUGCCGAGGGUGACUCCAAAGCCGCCGAGCUGAUCGCCAACUCGCUGGCCACGGCAGGUGACGGCCUGAUCGAGUUGCGAAAACUGGAAGCCGCCGAGGACAUUGCAUACCAGCUGUCACGCUCUCGGAAUAUCACCUACCUGCCGGCAGGCCAGUCCGUGCUCCUCCAGCUGCCCCAGUGAGGCCCACCCUGCCCGCACCUCCUCGGGCCACUCACUGGAGCCAGUGCCCCGAUGAUGCUUAAUACAGCCUUCCUUAUCCCCACCCCAGAAAUCACUGUGAAAUUUCAUGAUUGGCUUAAAGUGAAGGAAAUAAAAGUGGAAUCAUUCAGAUCUCUGAUUACUCUAUCAAGUGAAGCCCUCUCAUUCUUCUCAUGUCCAUCGACUUUUUUAUCCACGUCCCAACCAAAAACUGCCAAGUGCCUACGCAGACUGGCUGCAGGUCCCAUGCCGGGGCCUAUGGACCUCCGGCCUAGGUGCUGGCAGUUGACAGAAGGAAGGCAGAGCAGUGUGUGUGACGGACGGGGAAGCCUGGUUGUCAACCGAGUGCACGUGUGGGCUCCAUCCUGUCACUCCUGAAGAUUUGAGGAUGAUGGUGCACAUAACCCAACAAGGAGGCAGGCCUCGAUUUUUCCAGCGGUUCCAGCACAGAUGCAGCUGUGGAGAGGUGCUGGGAGGGUCGGGGAGGAAGCCGCCUGUCUCUUACCAUAAGGCUGAUUCUCUUGAACUGAGCGGCCAGCGGAAGCAGGUGUGUACAAGCCGGGCACAGAUGGAAGAAUCUGCCCCCAUUGAGGUGGGUGGGCCUGAUUUUGCUGCCCCCCAGGGUCCUAGAACUGAGAUGGACUUGGAUGGUGGGAGAGGAGGCCUGGACUGAGAUGUGAGCUCUGUGGAAGACUUCCUCUCUGCCCCCCACCUCAGGCCCUCUCACUCAGUGGAAUUACUGCUUGAAGGAUUGCAUCCUGCCGGACUGGACACACCUGCCAAGGACAUAUGCGUCCUGCGUUCUGGCUCCCUUGUUCAGAGCCUGCCCUCCUCGAGGGCUCUAUGCCUGCGCUUCAAAGAAAACAACCACGGGAAAAAACAAAUGUGUGUAAACUACUGUCAAUAAAUGACACCCAGACCUUC